UUCAUGUGCCUUUAUUGGAAGAUUAGGAGAUAGUUGACACAUCUGGAGCCAAUCCCAGCUAUCAACUGGGCAGGGCACACCCUGGACAGUUAGCCAGUUUAUCGCAGGUCCACAAAUAGAAACAAACAACAAAAUUCACACACUGUAUUAACCUAAUGUGUAAUAAUCCAAAAGACUUGUUGCUGCGGAGAUGUCCCGAAUUUACCUCUCGCCACCUGAAUGUGAAGUCUCUAGCUGCGCUCCUGUUUUUAAACUCGGGGACCUCCAAUCCACAGUUUUUACCAAGGGGUGGCGAUAAUGUGCCCUGCGUGCUCAAUCACUAUACAAAUAAAGAAGAGUGUCCUCCUUUCAACAACAGCAGAAGGAGGGGGAAGCGAAGCGUCUGUCUUCUGUCUUCUGCUCUGUUUGGCUGCCUCAGUUCCCAUGCCUCUGCUUCGUUUUGAAGUGAAGCCGCUUGUGCUGCUUGUCUGGCCGUGACCCGCCUUUCCCCCCGUGUGUGUUAGCACCGUUAAGAUGUCGUCGCCUCAGAACAGCAGGACCUCCAAUCGGCUCAUCAAGUUUGAGAAACUGUCGUGGAGGCCUUCCAUCAGAGACUCGGGUUUUAAGAAGCGAGCUCGAUGGCUUCAGGCUCGACGAAUCUUUUCCCAUUCCUGUCCCAACCUUAGAAUCCCAAACAGAUUUUUGCGUGAAGGACACUGCAUACCUCCUGCCCGCAGUGGACACCGCUGCGUCGCAGACAGCACCAACCUGUAUGUGUUUGGAGGCUACAACCCUGAUUUUGACGAGGCAGGUGGCUCAGAGAAUGAAGACUACCCACUGUUCAGAGAGCUGUGGCGCUUUCAUUUCGCCACAGCUUCAUGGCAGCUGGUGCAUACGGAGGGUUACAUGCCCACGGAACUGGCCUCUAUGUCGGCAGUUUUACAUGGCAACAAUCUGCUGGUGUUCGGCGGCACCGGGAUUCCAUUUGGCGAAAAUAAUGGCAACGAUAUCCAUGUUUGCAAUAUUCAGUACAAGCGAUGGAAUCUGCUCAACUGCAGAGGAAAGAAGCCCAACAAGAUCUACGGCCAGGCAAUGGUCAUCAUCAACGGCUACCUCUAUGUGUUCGGAGGAACAACUGGCUACCUUUACAGCACUGACCUUCACAGGCUCGACCUGACCACCAGGGAGUGGACGCAACUCAAACCCAACAACACACCCUCAGACCUACCAGAGGAGCGGUACAGGCACGAGCUGGUCCACGACAGACAACGGUUAUAUAUUUUAGGAGGCGGGACUUCCUGGAAAUCAUAUCCUCUUGAUAAAAUUCAUGCCUACAACUUGGAGACAAAUUACUGGGAAGAAAUACACACAAAACCUCAUGAAAAAAUAGGAUAUCCUGCAGCCCGGCGUUGUCACAGUUGCGUGCAGAUCAAGAGAGAGGCCUUUGUAUGUGGGGGUUAUAAUGGAGAGAUGAUCCUGUCAGAUUUGUGGAAGCUAAACCUGGAGACUUUUCAGUGGACCAAGCUGCCAGCAGAGAUGCCAGAACCUGCCUACUUUCACUGUGCUGCAGUCACACCGGCUGGCUGUAUGUAUGUCCAUGGCGGUGUUGUCAACAUGUCUGGGAACAAAAGGACAGGCUCCUUAUACAAAGUGUGGUUGGUGGUGCCCAGCUUGCGUGGAUGA